GCCGGGCCGGGGCGGGGCGAGGCGAGGCGAGGCGAGGCGAGGCGAGGAAGCGGAUGGCCGCACGGGUCGCUGAGGUUGCGGCCGCGCUACGACCGUCAGUCCGUCCGCCCACCCGCUCAGCCAUGGCCGCGCCGGCCCCAGCGCCUCGGAUCCUGCUGCUGUUGCUGUUGCUGCUACCAGCGCCUCCGGGUGCCCACAGUGAGGUGUGUAUGGUUUCCCCUGGACGCAACCUCUUCCCCAAGUUCUGUCCUGAUUUCUGCUGUGGCACCUGUUAUGACCAGUACUGCUGCUCUGAUGUGCUGAAGAAAUUUGUGUGGAAUGAGGAAGAGUGUGGUGUUCCGGAGGCCAGCGUCCCCACCAAUGUGGAACCACCAGAACAGCUGGGCUCGCCACUGAAGUUCCGCUCUAGCCUGGACAUCGACCCCAUGUCUGGGUUUGGAACGACUGUGGCCGUCGGACUGACCAUCUUUGUGCUCUCCGUUGUCACCAUCAUCAUCUGCUUCACCUGCUCCUGCUGCUAUUUGUACAAGAUGUGUUGCCGACCGCGUCCGGUCGUGACUACCACCACGGCCACCACAGUAGUGCACACCCCUUACUCGCAAGCUCCAAGUAUGCCGCCCAGCUACCCUGGACCAACGUACCAGGGCUACCACUCCAUGCCCCCCCAGCCAGGGAUGCCAGCAGCGCAAUACCCCAUGCAGUACCCACCACCCUACCUGGCCCAGCCCAUGGGCCCCCCUGCCUACCAUGAGACAGUGGCUGGAGGUGCAGCCAUGCCCUACCCUGCCAGCCAGCCUCCUUACAAUCCAGCCUACAUGGACCCCCCGAAGGCAGCCCCCUGAGCACAACCUUGCAUCUCUGGCUGCCACUUGAUCUGUCAUGUGUGUGUGAAUGGGUAUGCAGGCACGGUCCUUUUCUCCCUGUGCGUGGUGUGUGUGUCCUGUUUGUACAUGAGGCUUCUUGUGAUGCCAAUGAGGGGCUGGGAACAGUCCUUGCCAGAGUUGCUGGGACCACACUUUGUUGCCUUCCUCACUCGAAAUUAUGCUUCCUGAAAUCUCAAGCAAAAUUCAAAGAACAGUUCUUUUCCAGACCACCCCAGGGAGAGCAAGUGGGGCUUGUCACACUAGGAUAGUACAGACUUUUGCCGGCAGGAUGCACACGUGUUCCGGUUUCUGCAGAAUGGCUAGCCAUUGCUCAAGGCCAUGGCUUGUCCCCAGGCUUGUCUUUGAAGAACCCGAGCCAUGAUGCAGGCGGGUGGGUGAGGCUUGGGAACUGGCUACAGGUGGGUCUCAACCCUUUCCCAUAGCUCCUGAGCCUGUGCCAUGCCCAGUGGAGGGUGGGCAGCCUCCUGAUAUCAAAACACCUCAGGCAGAGCCCCACCCUCCCCUGAGAGCUGUCUGCCUGGUCUGUGUUCUUGCAUCCUUCCUGGGACCACCUGGAGGGCCACAUUUAUCCUCGGUUCUGGCUGCCCUGGUUGGCUCUGGCCACCACCUUAAGUGGGCAGGGUGGCCUCUGUCCACCUACACACUCAGGUGUCCUCCCUGCAGUGUUUUUGUUUUACUUUUAGCUAAGUAUUUUGCCUGUUUUCUGUUUCAAAAUGUGUGUAAUAGUUGCUGUGAGGCUGAAACCCCUGGGUCCUGGAGGAAAACUGCCCCCGAGAGCAGAGGAACUCUGAUGUCUGAUAGUCCCUGCUUCCCCAGCACCAGCCUCACAGGCUUUCCAGCUCCUGUACCCCAGGCCACAGUUUGUCUUGGCAGUGGGGACGCCUGGGCCAAGGUGUCGUCUAGACUAAAGGUGGCGGGAACCCUUGGUGGCUGCUCUGGCCCAGACACAUACCUCGGUGUUCCCUAUCCCUCCCUUAACGUCUCACCACAUAGUAGCUUUGCACCUGUUGAUGUGUUUUGGAGUCUAGGGUCUGCACCCUUGUUUAUAAUAAAUCCAACUAUUUGGA